GUCAGUCUCAUCGCGGUCCAGACGUCCUCGGCGUCACGGUGCCUUAAAUUUCUCGGAAAAACCCAAACAAUCAUGUAAAACUGCAAGAAGUAAGUGGCAACGAGAGUGUAAAAAUAGUGCCCGAAAGAAAUGGUCGUUUUUAGUCCAGAGAAGUUCACGAAAUGCGGCCCGCGACACAUUCUGUCUAGUAGAGGAUAUUUUUAAGAUACGUAAUAAAAAUAAGUGUCUGAAAUAUCGCCGCGCUCGAUUUGUUUUUUAUAAUGUAUAUCGCGGCGGUAUCCUAAUUUCAUUGUGUUCCUACCGCCUCCAAUUACUCUCCCAACCCGUAUAAAUAUUUUGAUAGCGCGGAGAACGUAUAUUCUACUUCCUACCGACACUUUUCUCUAAGUUUACGCUUAUAAAUUUUCCAAUAGACGGUGUGUAAAAAAUUGCGCGUUUGCGUUGACCUACAUUCGCAACGGCUAAAUAUACUGGAAAUUCACUUUCAAUCUCGAGCAACCCGAGUUUUCCAAACCGUCUCGCUAUUAGGGUUUUCGUAACAGCGGUUCUCUAGCCAAGCAUUUAAAAAAUGUGAAAAAAAUGAGCGACAACAUUCCAACGGACGCCAACAGUGCAACGCCUCCCAAAAAACAAACGAAGAAACUAAAAUAUGACAAGACUAAACUGCCAACUCCGCCGCCGGACCCCACCAGGUCUAAGGACAAGGAAAGGGACGUUUUCGAGUACCUGGAAACGCUCAUCCCCAAUUACACCAGGAGCACGUCCACUUUUGCACCUGUUGUUGCCACGGAAGAAGCUUUCGACCAAUUGGAGAAGCUGUACAAGCUCAUGGAACAGAUGCUGGAAUUACGCGAGCAAAAUGCCAAGUUGCAUCGAAGAAUACGCGACCUGGAGCAUUUGAAUAACCUGGAAAAAAUGCAGAAGCAGUUGGAAUUGUCUGGGGCGGAAAAGGAUUGUCCAGAAUUGGACAGAGAUACGGCUUUUGCAGAGACGAUUCUGGAGUCUAUUCUAGCGGAUUCGUCCAGGAAAGAUAAUAAACAAAAACUAGCGACGCCGACUAGACUCAGACCGUCUAUACUCAGGAAGCAACGAAAUCGAAGUGGUUCUGGAUCCACAGACAAACAAGUGACAUUAGACGCUAGUACAACCGUUCAAGAAGACGAAAGCAGUGGUGAUCAUGAUAAAAGUGCCAAGGUUUCGAAAUGGACUAAAGUUAAAGCAGCUUUUAGGUGGGAAAAGGCUUCGACUACAGUAGGAGACAACAAGUCCCAGGAUAGUGGUAUUCAUGUACCUGUAAACGUAGAAAUAGCGAGGUACUUGAGAGUACCUUCUACUAGCGACGACACUGGGCAUAGCCCCGCGGAUUCGGGCGCCGCGGGUAUUUCUACCCCAGGAUCCCUAUCAACGACGUCGUCUACAGAGGAUUUCCACCGUGCAGAGCUGCGGACUCCCUGCGAAGACCUCAGAAGUUCCGAGGAUGAACAUUCUCAACACAGUUACAUUCCACAUUCCAAGGAAGAUCACAGUUCCGCCAAAACCCACCUCAGGAUCCACAGGACGCCCUGGGAAAAAGUAAAAGGGAUUAUACCGGGCAGAAAUAGUUUUAAAAAGAAACAUCGACUUAGUGCGGCUAGUGACGACAUACAAAUAGAUGUAGAGCCUUGUAGCGACGAGGAAGUGUUCGAGGAUGACCCAAAAAGUAAAUUUAUCCAGUUCUUACCUCGCAGCGAGAGCUCGAAAGAAGUUCCACAGGAGGUGAUUGAGAGGUACCAAAGCGCGCUGGCCGAGAACCUUGAUAAGGACAUUUCGAGAUGGGCGAUGGUGAAGAAGGCCUUCCUGAUAAGCGAACACCGACAUAUGUCUUGCCCGGCAUCACCAAAAGAAUCAACCCUCGAAGACGAAAUCCAGCGCGACUACAGGAAACUCCAAAAGAAACUGAGCCUGGAGUUCCAGGAAAAACUCUCCGAAUGGGAGCGCCUCAAACAGAGCUCUCCAGCAGGAUCCAACCCGUCCUCGUCGUGCGGCUUUGUGGAGGAAAACAAGGACCCAAACUUCCUGAAAAAGAUGGAAGAAUGGCAGAAAAUGAAGAGCCACCAGACCUCCACCAAGACCCAAAUGCCGAGCGAAUUCGACCUGCCCCCAGAGUUCAAGAAGAAGUUGCAGGAAUGGGAGAAGAUAAAAAAAUCGUCAGGGAAAGAAGCUUCGGGUGUUAAGAAGAAGCUUGGAGAAGUAGGGCGGUGGAAGUCGCUCAGCGGGCACCGAUCCGAAACCUCAACAGCCUUCGAGUACCCGCCACUGUCGGAGGAUUUCCGGAAGAAGUUGGACGAGUGGAAGCAAAUUAAAGCAGCCGGCGGAGCUUCCAACUUGUUGCAGGCCUCGACGAAGCAAAAAGAAAAAAGUCCUAGUCCUAAACUCAUAAGAAAGGACUCGUCUCCCAAGCACAGCAAGAAGCAAAAGGAACAAGAUAAGGAUAUCUAUUGGGUUGAGAAAGAGCUGAAUAAAAUUGAGAAGGAGAAGCAGAGAUUGGAAAGGGAGCGGCAGAAGUUCUUGGAACGAGAGGAAAGAUUAUCCAAACUGCGCAAGUCAGUCAUAGGGGGUAACAAAAAAGAAGUUUUAAUCCACACACCGUCAGGUUUCUACAGAUUUGAAGGUAUCUCGAGGAAAUUCACGCAGAAAUUAUACGAAUGGGAAAAAGCAAAAGGAAUCGCUCCGGAAGCAUCCACAUUUGCCCUCCUGUCGUCUUCAUACACCCCAGAAAAUAAACCGGUGACAAAAAGGCACAGCACCUCUAACACCCCUCCCAUCACCCGUUCAAUGUCGGCGGACAGCAUAGCGAUCUCAGCUUUAAACCUAACGUGUCCCCUGAUGACCCACCAACCCUCCAGUUUGUCCCUAAACGACGUAGAAGAAUUGGAAAAGGAGUGUCUAGCUAAUUCCAAAAGUUCUUCGAUGCAAUAUCUAAUCGGGUCCGAAGAGGCUUUAGAUAUGGACGAACCUGAAGCUGUCUUAGUGGAAGUGGAAGAUUACGAAGAAGAAACAGCUGCACCGCUUCAUACUUACGUCGAGAAGCAUCAGCUUCCAAUUUACCAAAGACAGGAGGGCAAGGCGUUGUGCGAAGGUGAGACGAUAGCAGCACCAAAGAUAAGGAAAUCUGAGUCUACAAGGGCACAAGUGAACUACAAUUUAAUAGAAGAUAUUAUAAACGUACUGAAGCAGUUAGCAGAAAACGAAGUAGAAGUCAAGAAUUUGAGCCAAGGUGGUGCGAAAUAUCAACAAACCUCGGAAAUUGUACCUAAAUUAGAGAUGAUAUACGAAGACCAAAAGCAACUGUCAGUAAACUUAACGAAAAAAUUGCAAAGCCUCCAAGAAGCGAACACAUCGGUAAUUUUAGCAAUUCUGAGGGAAGAAGAAAACUGUCAGAUGAACAUAACAGAAACACUGGAAGCAGUUCAAGAUGUAUCAAACGAAAUUAUUCAAAUGGCAGAGCAAAUGGAUCAACACUUCAAUACAAGGUCUCCUCAAAAUUUUAGUUCGACGUAUAAAAACUAUCUCUUGGUAUUUGAAAAUAUCCGCGAUAUUAGAACGAAAAUUCUCGAUUUAAGACGACACUUAAGCUAUGUGUGUGCCGCAACAGAUUCAACAGCACCCAGAAAAUUGAGUGGCAAAAAGAAAACUCUAGUACAAAAAACAAUUUCGAACGAAUCGAAAUCUUCCCGAUGCGACACGAGCGACAACUCAAGAAGAGGAAGUCAGAAGGACGAAAAGCGUUACAUAAAAUCGGAAAAUACCAGUUCCAGCAACAGUCACAGCCAAGGUGCUGUAAAGAAGAGAAUAAAAUACCGACAGAAGGUGAUGCAGAACAGAAGCUUGCCAGACACUGACGAUGAAGAAGAAGACGAAGCUGCAGAGCAGAGGAAAAAUAACCGGCAACAUAAAAAACUGACACGAGCUAGGACGAUAUCUGAAGUGUAUCCAGGUGUAGAGCCAGAGACUCCUGGAUUCUUACCACAGAAAAUUAUCGUUCCCACCGAGACUAACUACGUUGUAGUUCAAGAGGAACCUAAGCUGCCUCCGGAAUCCCCUUUGACCGUAUUCGUGAAAACAACAAGGAAACUGUUCACUCCCAUAGCCGAAACAAACCUAGCUGAUACCGGAAAAUCGUCAACAAACGAAUCUCCCAGCAUCGUUAUAGAAACCACCAUACCGUUUACGAAGGACGCAGAAUCCAAGAAGAGUCAGGAAGAAAGUCCUAACUCGGAAGAUAAGAAUGCAAACACGACUCCGGAAGAAAACGUGUCUGUGAAAUCACUACCACCCUUACCGGCAUCUCCAGUUCCACAGAAGAAGGUCUUGAAAGACAUUUCGCCCAGUAUAAGAUUGAUGCUGGCUAAGUACAACCAGAAGAUAACCGAGCAGGAAAGUCCGAGUGCAAAAUCUGGCAAUAGCAGUGGGUCCAACUCGCCUAUAGCUUGGCGAUCCCCUGCCGCAGAGCGAAGGGUCAAAGCGCAAACAGAGAAAUAUCAGGAGGAGCUAAUAAGAAUGUCUCCACUUUUAGGUGAGCGCAGAGAAGUUCAAAAAUCGGCCAGCGUAAGCUACCUGAGCUCUGGCACCAAACAAGUCACCGUCCCCUUAAGAAGAGAGUCAGUCCAAGAAAAUUUACUGUGCAACCCUUCAACGACUUGUACUAGCGGAAUAACGGAAGAGGAAACUCCUGGACAGCCCCCAAGACGCCCGGACAGGAAGACUUUAACCUUGGACAUAACACCGAACCUACCAGACAUAUCCAACAGACAUUCUCCCGAAAUAAGGCUGAAGAAGCUUCAAAAAGCUAAAGAGGAGUUUCUCAGAUCCACACCUGUAUCUGCUCCUGCGCAUAUCAACGAGGAAAUCAUCAAGUUUCCCACGAGAAAUCGUCUGAGUCAGAUCAGCGUGGACAGCGAGUCCAGCUACGAUAGUACCCUACCUGGAGCUUUGAUAAAAUCGGCAAGUGUGGGGAUGAUAAACGUAGACCCAGACACUUACAGACAGAUAGACCCCGAGUUACAUGGGGGUGGGUACGUUUCUCUACCACGCAGCACCUCGAACCACAAAGGGAACAAGUUCGGUUUCGCCAGCAUUGCCUCCAAAUUUAGGAAAGUCAAGAUGAGGAAAGGCAAAGAGCGAGGUGACAGGAACAAAGAAGGCAUGAACGCGGUCUCAGCGUUGUGCAGGCAUAGUUUGGUGGUGGAUAUAACCAAAACUAACCUGGAAGACGGACAUGCUGUGGAAGGUGAAGGUUCUGGUUUGCCUCCAGCGCCGUCGGCUCAUAAUUCUGCGACUAGCAACAACAACCAACAUUCUAGAAGGGGAGGAUCGCCUUCUUCCUCUACGAAUACGACGAAAAGUAGUACUAGUUGGUUGAAGAAAUCGUUAUUUAAAAAAUAAUGAUAUGAGAUACUAACA